CUUCAGAGGCUGCUCGUGGCCACAAUGCCUGCGGACCCCCUGUCUGAAUGCCAAGUCUGCAUUGGUAAUUUGAUGUUGGACGUCUCGCAAAGCACCUCUUCAAAAACUCCUGACUGCUGGUGACCGCUUUGUCCUGGUAUCACUUCCUGACAUUUGCUGUGGCUGCUUUCUUAUCUCCUCUCUGGAAGGGGCAGGAUAUCUGCAGAGGUUAGAGAAACGCCUGUUGCCGUGUGAGUGUGAUGCAAGCAUGUGUCUUGCUGGAGCUCACUUAAGUGAGGCACCAAAUCCCCACCCGCUUUAAAAGUGCCUCGCACUGGACUUUGACCUCUCUGCAUAUAUAGGCCAUAUUUAACAGAAUCUCCCUGCCACAAUCAAGUAACUAUAGCUAUACUUGUCGAUUAAUUGCUAUAUCGACAUCCAACACCCUCCUUCCCCUUCGCCAGCCCAGUACCAUGCUGGGUGCACUCCUGCGGAGGAAUAUGUCCCAGAAGUUGAGUGGGCUGCUGCUGCUGUUUGGCCUGGCGUGGGGAUUUAUGAUGCUGCGUUACACUGUGCAGCAGCCGCGCCAUCAGAGCAGCGCCGAGCUACGUGAGCAGAUCCUGGAGCUCAGCCGGCGCUACGUCAAGGUCCUGACGGAGGAGAACCAGCAUGCACAAGGUGGGCUGCAGGGAACCUCCAUGGCUGGAUACGCUGAUCUGAAGAGGACGAUCGCUGUGCUACUGGAUGACAUUCUGACCCGAUUGGUCAAACUGGAGGGGAAAAUCGAGUUGGCGGUGAAUGCCUCCACCACAAAUACCUCCCAUGCGGCAGGGGGCGUCCUUGCCUCUGCUCCCGCUGCCCUGCAGAAAAACUCGAAGCAGGACACACCUGACAGUCUACCAGGAACCUCGCGCCUCCACCCACGGAUCCCUAAUAGGCCUCGGCCACAUCAACCGGCAUAGUCUUAGUAGAUCCAUUCAUUUUUUUUGUCUUUUUAAUUAUUUUACACAUCACACUUUCCCAGCAUUUACCACUGAUGUCACCACAUCAGAAAAAUGAAAAGCAAUAGGGAGACAUAUAGACUGGGGAAACCUUUCAGAAAUGUUCAUCCAGCUCAGAAGAAAGGAGCACUUAUCCAUGCUUUACAUGCUGAUAUUUAUUUUUUACAUACUUUCUCGCACAUUUCUUUCAUAUUUUCAAUGCUGAUUUAUUUUUUUGUUUUGGUUCAGACUCAUGGCCAUAUUUAAAUCCUAGGACUUUUGAAGUAAUUGCAGGGGUAUAAAAACCGCUGAAACUGAACCAGACUCAUAUGUUUUCUGAUAAACCUGGCUUGAAAUGUCCACCUAUCUACAUUGGAAUCUAUUCUGCUUCAAUGUGUCAAAAUGCUGAACUAAACCGUGCACUCAUGAUAGGUAGGGAAGCUGUUUUUGCUUUUUGUUUUUAGUCGGUGCAGCUGCUGAUUGCUGUAUAAAAAAAGAUUCUACUUUUAGCUUACACAUAGUCUUAAAGAAAAUGUAACCGUAUGGUUACUAUGUAAGAGAUAAUCCAAAGAAUGUUAUUUGCACUCCCAUCUGCAGACAGUUUCGUUGGGUAUUUACAAUUGCUGCAAAGCUAUUUAAGGUUUAUGCAGAAUAUGAUGGGAUGAUGCCUUUUUGCCAUUGUAAACAUGAAUGUGUGUGUCUGUCUCUCCGUUGAAAUACAAUGGUUCACUUGCCGAGUGUUGAUAAAUGAUUUAACUAGGUGUGUAGCUCAUUGAAUGUACUUUGUAAUCAGUCUUAAGCCCUUCAAUGCUGUAAAGAUGACUGAUCUACUGCUUACACAUGUUCAGGGUUCAUAUUGCACUGUGACUCUUAAGAGAUUUUCUAAAAAUACUCGGCUCAUCCAACUUUGACCUUUAGGGAUAUUUUAGGGAGAUGGACGUUAGACUCUGAGAUAUUCAUUCUUGUAGCCUUCCCCCUCUGGUUCUGAAUAUGGUUUUCGUUAAACUAAGAAACACUGGCACCUGCCAAGAGGAACAUUUUUAGUUGGCACAUCAUGAUGCUCAUUAACCUAAUGACUUUGUGCGACACAAGAAAUGUAUGCGAUAAAGUUGAUGUGGGUGGUAAACAAACACAUGAGGAGGUAAUGCUUCAAACCGUUGCUUAUUCUUUACAGCCUUAAAUAUACACGAAGGCAAGACUGUGUCUACUUUGACUAAUGCUAUAAAUGUACUUUGCUUCUGAACAUUAAAGUAGAAAAGUUUGGUGAGCCGGAUCGCUGCUGUGAGAUAGCUUAACUAAUAAAUUGAACGUUUGGGAAAAAUGAUCUAUCAUUUAAAUUCAUUUAUUUGCUAUUGGAAAAAAUAUGUGUGUGUGUGUGUAUGUAUAAGAGAAUGUUUAAACAAAGAGUCCAGCAUAAGCGCAUGUGCAUGCUGAGUGUAUCAUUUUCCAGUAGUAUUAUCUCAUAAUACGUAGUUUCCCUUUAGAUGGUUUUGACUGCUUUUCCAUUGCUCGUAAAAGGGGGCGGUUACAAACGUUUUCAGGGUAAUGACCAGACGUUCACACCGGACGUGACGUCAGAUUCUGCGGCUCAUAAACAUACCACCAGCUUCACGCGCCCGCCAUCUUCUAGCUAAUAAACGGCCAAAAUAAAAGCGAAACCGCAGUUUAUUUCUCUCGCAGUACUCUGUCGUAUUUGCUAUUCCGAACCAUGAGUGAUAUCGAGGACGGACACUAUAAAGGACGGGUAAGCAGUUACAUCGAAUGAUACCAAGUAUCUCCCUUUUCUUCGUGUCUUCCGUGUGACUGUCGAUUAGCUCGAGUCGAACCCGCCACUAAUGUAAAGCAAGCUGUUUUAACAGCCUACCUUGUGUCGUUGCAUGCUUUGUCCGCUAACAUCACACGUGUUGGAUAGACACUCGGUUGUUCUGUUGCUAGCGUACGGUCUUGGCGAAAGUAACGCACAUUUUACAUGGAUGGUUUUUGUCCGCUAACUAGCUUAGACCGCUCGAAGCCGCCUCCACCAACGGCAGUUAGCACGCUAGUUGCCGUUAGCUUAACAAUUCCCGUGUGGUGUAACGUUACAUCCGUGGAUUAACGUGAAACCUUUUUCUGUUUGCUUAUUGUCUUUGUUUUGCAUUGUCCGUAAAAUGCUUGGCUUCUGACUCAUUUGCUUGUGAAAUUAUACACGAGGUAUCGGACGCUUGCCUGUCGUGCUUUGUGCGGAUAUCCGUGCUGCAGCCAUUAUUGCAUCUAGUUUAGACAACCUGCGUGUCUUUCUUCCCUCAUCUUGCAAUUACCUAAUUUAUGAGUCUUCCGAAGCAUCGCCUCCUUCCUUGCUCUCAGGCUAUUUUUCAAAUCAAAUUUAGUAUUGCUAAAACAUACGUCUACGCUCUUUAACAUUUUGGCAUUGUUUUUACUUUGCUCAUUUACUCUAUUUCUGGAAUAUUGAUUUAUUGUAGCUAAAAUGUAAUUCACUGCAUUAAGUGUUCAUUUUUCAUUUCACUUAAAAUAUUUUUUCUUAAACCUAUGAUCUUAAUUUUAUUGAAUGUUCUUUUUUCAUUAAGGUAAUUGACCGUGAAGGAUUUGAAGAGUUUAAUCCAAGAAUGAUGAAGAAAAUGUUCAAGAUAAAAGAAGGCUAAUGAAAACAUGUACAGAGCAGAACAUAGACGUGGAAAG